AUGGAGACCAAAUGUGCUGCUGGCCGUGGAGAUAGUUUAUGCCGCAGUCUCUCUUUUGAUCAUGUUUUUGAGGUCCCUAGAAUAGGCUUAGGUGGGGGUCUUUUAGUUUUAUGGAAUUCGGAUGUUGUUGUUAAUAUUUUGAACUCCUCUUCUAAUCAUGUUGAUUGUAUUAUAACUUUUAAUGAUAAUAUAAGCACUCAUGUUUCUUGUUAUUAUGGUUCCCUUUACAUUCAUGAUAAAACUCAAUCUUGGAUUCUCUUAGAUAGGCUUUAUGAUAAUGCACCUUUGCUACCUUGGAUUAUUUUAGGCAAUUUUAAUGACUAUCUAUCUCUUAGUGAUCGGUCCAGUAAUACUAAUCCUCCUAAUUAUGCUAUGGUUAAUUUUCAACGUUUCCUUUGUAAAUUCUCUCUUUUUCCUCUAAACCCGAUUGGCUCCAAGUACACUUGGAAGCAUGGUACUAUCUGUGAAAGGUUGGAUUGGGGGAUUGUCAAUCAUGGUUGGCAGCAAACUUUUCCUAAGACUACUCUUUAUCAUUUGGGAUUUUAUGGUUUGGACCAUAGAGUCCAUAGAGUCGUUCUUGAGGAUGAUAGUAUGGCCCUCCCGAAACAAAAAAAGUCAAGCUGGCUUUAUUCUUCCUCUUCCCGGGCUCCAAUUUCUCUCAAUGCUUUUCUUGACAAGCAGCAGGCCUGUGUUAAUGACAUUCGAACUUGGAAUGAAGGCUUUAACAGUUUAUCUUCUAGAAUUCGUGCUUUAGAAAGAUCUAUCAAUACUAUCAAUUCAAAUCUGCCCCUUUCCAGUGAUAAUGUUAAACAGGUGACUGCUCUUCAAUCCCAGUUGGAUUCACUUCUCUAUAAGAAUGAAAUUCUUUGGAAGCAAAGGUUUAAAAUUCACUGGCUUCAGGCUGGGAACAAAAAUACUCGUUAUUUCCAUAAUAAAGCUACUGUGAGGAAGAAAAGGAAUCACAUCCGUAAGCUUAAGUGUAGUGAUGGCAGAAUUGUUACUUCUUUUGGGGAGAUUUGUAAUGAAGUUUGUAGUUAUUUUGGGGAUUUGUUUCAGACGCAACAUUCUGAUGUGGAGGCCACUAAUCUCCUUCUCUCAGCCCUGGACAAAUCUCUGGACACUCAGCAAAUUCACUUUCUUGAAUCCCCUUUUGAGGCCAAUGAAAUAAAACAAGCUCUUUUUCAGCUCUCAGUUAUUGGCAAUGAUUUAACCACUGUUAUUCUUGAUGUCCUUAACAACAAUGCUAAUUUCUCUGCCAUCAAUGACACUCUCAUUGUUUUGAUUCCUAAAAAGUCAAAUGCUUCCACACUCAAAGACUUCCGUCCUAUUAGCCUUUGUUCGACUCUUUACAAAAUUGUGGCUAAGAUUCUUUCCAACCGCUUAAAACUUGUUCUUGGCAGUCUUAUUUCCUCCUCACAAAGUGCUUUCUUGUCUGAGCGCAUUAUAUUUGAUAAUAUCUUUAUCGCUCAGGAGGUGGUCCAUGCUAUUAAUCACAGAAAGCAAGGAAAGCUUGGUUGGGCUGGUCUUAAGCUUGACAUGGAGAAAGCUUUUGAUCGAGUUGAGUGGGAUUUUCUUUUGGCCAUUCUUCGUAAAUUUAACUUUCCUGCAAAAUUUAUCAAUCUAAUUCAUCAAUGUAUCUCUUCUGUAACAAUCCGUUUCAAUAUUAAUGGCCAAGUCUCUGACCCUAUUCUCCCUUCUCGUGGCAUUAGGCAAGGAGAUCCCUUAUCACCGUAUCUUUUUUUGUUGUGUUCUGAAGGUCUUGCUGCUGCGCUUCGUCUUCAAGAGCAAAGAGGAUUUUUCAGAGGUAUUUCCAUUGCUCGCACAGCUCCAUCCAUUUCCCACCUCCUUUUCGCUGAUGACACCCUCCUUUUCACCAUUGCCUCUCCUUCAUAUUGUGAUGCUCUUAAAGAAGCUCUCACAAUGUACAAUUUAGCCACGGGUCAAAGAGUAAACUACUCUAAGUCCUCCAUUCUCUUUUCACCAAAUACCCCUCCUUCUGUCAGGUCCUAUUUUUUUGAAUCCUUAAAUCUUGAGCAAGGACCUUUUAUUAGUAAAUAUCUCGGGGUUCCUCAAUGCUUUGGUCGCUCGAAAAAAUCUAGUUUUGACUUUCUUCUCCAAAGAGUGAGUUCUCAGCUUUCUGUUUGGAAUGAAAAGUUGUUCUCAAAAGCUGGUAAAGAGGUUCUUUUAAAGGCUGUCAUUCAAGCUAUCCCUUCCUAUACAAUGUCUUGUUUCAGACUCCCUGCCUCAACUUGUCAAAAAAUUGAAAAGCUCAUGGCUCAGUUUUGGUGGGGUUCGAUGGGGAAAGGUUCUAAAAUUCAUUGGAAAUCCUGGCGUACUCUUUGCUCUUCCAAAUUUUUUGGGGGCCUUGGUUUCCGGUCUCUUGUUUCCCAUAACCAGGCCAUGCUUGCCAAGCAGGCAUGGCGUGUUUUUUCCAAUCCUACUUCUCUACUUGCCACUGUUCUUAAAGCUAAAUACUUUCGUCAUAAUGAUUUUCUUCAAGCGAAAUUGGGGCACUCUCCUUCCUACACCUGGUCUAGUUUACUUUGGGGACGGGAUCUUCUAAAGCACGGUUUGCUGUGGAAGAUUGGUAAUGGAUGCUCUGUAAGAACCUUCCAAGAUCCUUGGAUUCCUGACUUGAAAUCCCCUUGUCUUAGGAGUAAUGAUCUACCCCCUGUUGAAACGGGCGUUACACUUAAUCACUACUUUGAUAACCUCUCAGUCUCUUCUAUCCUUAAAGUUCCAAUUGGGGGUUUGCAAAGGGAUGAUGCUUUAGUUUGGAAUCAUGAAGCUUCGGGUGUCUUUUCUGUUAAAUCGGCUUACCACCUAGUUAAUAGCGCUUCCCUUCCUCCUUCCUCUUCUAAUCUGUCUUUUUUUACAUCUUGGUGGAAAACCCUUUGGAAUUUAAACCUCCCUCCAAAGGUUAAGAAUUUCUCUUGGAGAGUUUACCACCACAUUCUCCCUGUAGCUAUUAACUUGUUUCAUAGGAAAGCCAUCCCUCAGCCUUGUUGUUCCUUCUGUAGGAAUCCAGUAGAAACUGUUACUCAUGCAUUGUUAGAUUGUCCCAGAGCUGCUAAAAUUUGGAAAGCUUCCCCCCUUAGGACAUUCUAUAUCUCUAACAGAUAUGUGGAUGUAAAAGAAUUUAUGUUAAAUGGUUUUGAUCAGCUGAACAAAGAAAGUUUGAGUUUAUUAUUAACUAUUAUGUGGGCCAUUUGGAAUUCUAGGAAUAAAAAACUUUUUGCAAAUUCGGAUAUGGCUCCUACUGAUGUUGUAGCUUGGACUAACUCUUUCAUUUCAGAUUAUCAGGAAGCUUUGUGUAAUGCUAACAAGUACAAAGCAGUUCACAAUCAGCAACCGAAUGACAAGGAAAUUACAGUUCCUCACAACUGCUACCAGCCUAAUACGGAUGCAGCUCUUUGUGCUGAGCGCAGCAAGUUAGGAUUUGGAGCAGUUAUCAAAGAUUGGAAGGGUAAUUUGGUAGCAAACUUAGCUAUCCCUGCAGCUGGAAUCUUCCAGCCUACAUUGGCAGAAGCUUUAGCUUUAAAAGCUGGACUAAUCUGGUGUCAACAUAUCAAGAUCCCUUUGGUUUUAGUCGAGACGGAUUCCAAGUUGCUGGUGGACAGGGUUCUUGAUCGAAAGGGUGAUCUUUCAGCUCUUUCGGAUAUGGUUGAAGACAUCAGGAAUUCUUUAUCUCUUUUCCCUAAUGUUAUCCUUCGGCAUACCAGGAGAGUUUAA